ACACAAACCCCAGCCUCGCACGCCGCCAUCGCCGUUCCCCUUCCUCCUCGCCGGGACAUCGCGUCCCUGCCAUCUCCACGCCGUCCCAGCCUCUGGGUUCUGACUUCUGAGGUAUCAGGGAGAGCGAAAGGGAGCCGAGGAGGGAACUUAGGGCUGGAGGAGGGAGCUCGACGCUAUGUCGGGGGAGCACGUCCGCAAGGUCUCUCGCCAGGACAUACAGCUCGUCCAGAAUCUUAUAGAGCGAUGUCUCCAGCUCUAUAUGAGCCAGAAAGAAGUGGUUCAUACCCUCUCCCAUGAGGCCAAGAUAGAACCAAGCUUUACUCAACUUGUUUGGCAAAAACUUGAGGAAGAGAACCCUGAAUUUUUCAAGGCAUACUAUUUGAGGUUGAUGCUUAAGAAUCAAAUAACGGCCUUCAACAAGCUUCUUGAGGAUCAGUUCCAACUUAUGAAUAAAGACUAUUCUUCAGCGGUCCCUUCUAUGCCUCUUACUAAUGGCUCCAACUCCACAGCAUUGAAGCAAGAUCGGUGCUUUGUACCAGAGUCUGGUCCCGUAUCUGCAAUGUCAAAUGGUGUAAUGCACAAUGGAGGUUCAGGUGGUUUAUCAAAUGGAGCACCAUCUAGUGAUCAGUUAAUGUAUGGUGGUAAAGACUUUCACGGUCCCCAUAAUGGUUUGAAUGCUUCAACCAAUGUUCUGCCAGCACAGAAUGCGUCCUCUUUGCUGUUUGGUGCUGAUAAUGGUACAACGAUAAAGACAGAGUCAGGCUAUUCAACCAAUGCUGAUUUUGCUUUCUGUGGGAAUGCUUUCCUCGAAUCAUGCCAAUCAAUUGGUGAUGCAUCUGGUGGUUCAUUUAGCAGUUCAGAGUUGAACGGGCAACCACUGAAUGAUUCAAUUAUCGAUAUGGAGUCAUCAUCAUUUGGCUUCUUGGGCCAGAUUCCCCGGAAUUUCAGUUUUUCAGACUUAACAGAGGGCUUCAACCAAAAUACAGAAAUAUUAGAGAAUUAUGGUAGGUCACCCUUUCUCCCAUCUGAGCAAAAUAAUUUCUCAGAUUCUACAGGUGGAGAGCAUACAGGCUGAGCAGCUGUCCAUCAUUUUGUACAUAUUCAUGGAGAAUGGAGCAACUUAUGUGUUAGCUUUUCCCUUGUUAGUUAUGAUGUCAUGUAAUGUGGUAUUGUGGGAUGAAUCGUAACUCCCAUCAGAUGGUACAAUAGAUCUGUCUCAGUAUGCUUGCUUGAUGGUACUGUAGUUGUGCCUUGUACAUUGAUGUGCUUAUGUAAUAUAUCAAUAGUAGCUUGAUGUUGAAUUCACGAGUUCAUGAGUACAUGCUCUUGUCUAGCAUGCUCAAGAGAAAUCCAUUAAUAUCAAGUGAAUGCAGAAAUCAGAGUUUAAUUUGUGGUGGCCA